CUGGAAAAUUCAGUCAGCGAUGAUAAGAAAAUCGACAACGACAGGAGAACGGCUGGCGGCCCUAAGGCGGGCUGGGGCAGGUGGUGCAGGGCGGGCGCGGGAAGAGGCAUGUGGGGCAGGUGGUGCAGGGCGGGGGCGGGAAGAGGCAUGUGGGGCAGGGCGGGCGGCGGCAGCGGCAGUGCGCGGAGCGCGCGGCUCCCGGUGAGUCGGCUCCCGUCAUCCACCCCGCCUCAGGCCACGUGCGCUCCGUCUUUACAUCUUCAUCUUCCUUUAAAAUAG